AUGAACAACGAUAUCGAUAAAGAUACGAAGAUCCUUGGAUACGACAGCAUCCUAACCGGAAAGAUGGUCGUUCAACCCCCGCGCCAGCCUCAUGUCAUCUUUGACGGGAAAACCACCAAAGUCCAGCAGCCUAUGGCAUACAAAUCUCUCCACCUGAUGGAGCUGGCCGGUCAUUUGGAGAUGGAAAGCAAGAAGAAUGUUGUUGACAAGGAAACCAUAGCACACCCUGGCUAG